AUGGAUGAAAGUACUUCUCCUUCACCUUUACCUUCUCCAGUAGCUUCAAAAGAAAGCACUCCUCCAACUCCACCUGACAAUGAAAAUAGUAGUAAGAAUGACAAUACUAGCCGUGCUAGUUCUAUAACUACUACCACUACAUCUACAAGUGGGGCCAAAAAGGUUAAAAAAAUCAAACCAAUUUCAAGAGCACCAAUUGCAACAGGUAUAUCAACACAUAUUCCAGUAACGGGUGAAAAACCAAAACCUAUUCAAGAAGGAGAUGCAUCUUUGGAAGAUAAUGUAUUAUACAGUAUAUUUGUAAUUUUAUAUGAGAAGGACCCUAAUGAGGAAGGAAUGACAGUUAAGCAAUUAUGUGAAAAGUUGGAAACUUUACAUCCUGAAUUAGUUAAUAUGUCUUCUAAAACUUCUAAUUUGGUAUCUGCAAAAUUGAAUGCUUAUAUUAAGAAAUUGGAAAAAACUGACAGUUCUCUUAAAUAUGCCAUUUCAAGAGAAUGGGCCGAUGCUUCACCAAAAAGAAUGGUUUACAAGUAUAGAGGACUUUUAGCCCCAGGUUGGGAAAAAGUUAUGGAAGAAUUGAAGAAAAGUGAACAAUAUGAACAGAUGCAUAAUAAUAACAAUGAUUCCAUGAAGAAAGUUGAAACUUCUGUUAAGAAUUUAGAUCUUUCAGAUAAUGAUAAUGAUAAUGAAGAUGUUGGACCUACAAGUAAAAAAGUGACCAAAAAGCAACAACAUCAAGAAGAAGUCAAAGAAAAACUGAAACAAAAACAAAGACAAAUGUCACAAUCAGCAUCUGUAUCACCAAAACAACAAGUUCAACAAAAAGGGGACCCAUUAGAACAAACACUACAACUACAAGUCCAACAAGAACAACAGUUACCACAACAACCUACCAAAAGAAGAGCAACUAUGUUUGAUUUUGGUAGACGUCCAAGUUUCUUGAAUUUAGAUGAGUUCCCCGAACCUCCACCACCAUAUUUGGUUAACAAGAGUAAGAUUACACCAGUUAUCGAUGACGAUGAAGUUUUCAUUGAUGUUGAUGAAGAAGAUGACGAACAAGAUGAUGAUCAUCGUGUUGUUGUUAAAAAGAGAAGAACUAUUUCUUCUAUCAGUAAAUUCAACUGGGGUAAUUUGGGAGCUACCGAAUUAGAUACAGCUGCAAUUACCGCAAUGAGAAGAGAAUCAGUCUCAAUGUUUGAAGUUGGGGUUUGCUUUCCAUCUCCACUGGACACUAGUCUUCAAGAUUUAGAUAAAAUGUUUUGA